GAGUAAAGAUGGUGGUGUGGAGGUCUCCGCCUUCUGCUCCUGGUUGAAGCUCUCUGAGGCGGCAGCGGCAACCCAAGCCGCACUAGCAGUCUAGUGGUGGUAGUUUCAGCAGCAACUAACUGCAGGGGACUAGAACCAUGGCGGAGCUGGAGCACCUGGGCGGGAAGCGGGCAGAAUCGGCGCGAAUGCGGCGGGCUGAGCAGCUGCGGCGCUGGCGGGGCUCACUGACAGAGCAGGAGUCCGCGGAGCGACGAGGCGCAGGGAGACAGACGCAGACGAGGCGUGGGAGCCCCAGGGUCCGCUUCGAGGACGGCGCUGUCUUUCUGGCCGCCUGUUCCAGCGGGGACACAGAUGAGGUGAAGAAGCUUCUAGCCAGAGGGGCGGACAUCAACACGGUCAACGUGGACGGCUUGACAGCCCUGCACCAGGCAUGUAUUGAUGAAAAUUUGGACAUGGUAAAGUUUUUGGUGGAAAACAGAGCCAACAUAAACCAGCAAGACAAUGAGGGCUGGACACCUCUUCAUGCAGCAGCUUCCUGCGGCUAUCUCAACAUAGCAGAGUAUUUCAUUAACCAUGGAGCAAGUGUGGGUAUGGUGAACAGCGAAGGUGAGGUCCCCUCUGACCUUGCAGAAGAGCCAGCUAUGAAGGAUCUGCUUCUGGAGCAAGUGAAGAAGCAAGGAGUUGAUCUAGAGCAGUCAAGAAAGGAAGAAGAACAGCAGAUGUUACAGGAUGCCCGCCAAUGGCUCAACAGUGGGAAAAUAGAAGAUGUGAGGCAGGCUCGCUCAGGGGCCACAGCCCUCCAUGUGGCUGCUGCCAAGGGCUACUCUGAAGUCCUCAGACUUUUAAUUCAGGCUGGCUAUGAACUCAAUGUUCAGGAUCAAGAUGGCUGGACUCCCCUCCAUGCUGCUGCGCACUGGGGAGUGAAGGAGGCUUGCUCCAUCCUGGCAGAAGCACUCUGUGACAUGGAUAUCUGCAACAAACUGGGCCAGACACCAUUCGAUGUGGCUGAUGAGGGUCUUGUGGAACACUUGGAGAUGCUUCAGAAGAAGCAGAAUGUGCUUCGAAGUGAAAAGGAAACACGGAAUAAACUUAUUGAAUCAGACCUGAACAGCAAGUUGCAGAGUGGACUCUUUAAGAACAAAGAGAAGAUGCUCUAUGAGGAAGAGACACUCAAAUCCCAAGAAAUGGAGGAAGAAAACAAAGAAUCCAGUAGCUCAAGUUCAGAGGAAGAGGAAGGUGAAGAUGAAGCUUCUGAGUCAGAAACUGAGAAGGAGGCAGAUAAAAAGCCUGAAGCCACUGUCAAUCAUUCCAAUUCUGAAAGCAAGAGUAGAAUCACAGAGCAAAUACCAGCACCAGCUCAAAAUACCUUCUCUGCCUCUUCUGCUAGGCGAUUCUCCUCCAGCCUUUUUAACAAGCCAGAAGAGGCCAAAGAUGAAUCUCCUUCUUCAUGGAGAUUGGGACUCAGAAAAACUGGCAGCCACAAUAUGCUGAGUGAGGUGGCCAAUUCCAGGGAGGCUUUAAGGGACCGAAGCGCCUCCAUCUAUCGCUCCUCUUCGAGCCCUCGGAUCUCUGCUCUGCUGGACAACAAAGAUAAGGAAAGAGAAAAUAAAAGCUAUUUUAGUUCUCUAGCACCCCGGAGGCUCAGUAGCACAACUGACAUUGAAGAAAAGGAGAACAGGGAAUCAGCUGUGAAUCUGGUGAGGAGUGGCUCCUACACUCGGCAGCUGUGGAGGGAUGAAACGAAGGGGAGGGAAACCCCGCAGACAGUUGCUCCUUCCACCUAUGUGUCAACCUACUUGAAAAGUGCUUCAUUUGGUAGAAGUAGUGACCCCACAAGUCCCUACAUUUCAGCCAGUCGCAAUUCAUCUCCUGCUACCUCACCCAUUACCAUUGGUUCAUCUACCUCUCGGGGCAGCCAGUGGCAACAUGCCUCUUCUUGCUCUGCACCAAUCAGUGCAAACACUACUGCAUCAGUACAACAUGGCAGGGCUCCUUACAAAUCACAGGCUGACUCUACAGCAGAGAAAACAGCUGACAGUGUCUCUUCUAGUACCCCGCUUUGUGUGAUCACCAAUCGCCCUCCACCCAGCACUGCCAAUGGGGUCACCGCUGUCACAGUGCCCUCAUCUACUGCAGCAGACUCCUCUGUGGAAGCCAGGGAGAAGAGGAGGUCCUAUCUGACACCUGUACGGGAUGAGGAAGCUGAGUCUUUACGGAAAGCACGCUCCAGACAGGCUCGGCAGACUCGGAGGUCCACUCAGGGUGUUACCCUAACAGACCUUCAAGAAGCUGAAAGGACUUUUAGCCGUUCAAGGACAGAACGCCAAACUCAAGAGCAGCCUAGUGAGAAGCCUGCUGAUACUGCUGAUACUGCUGAUACUGAGAAGCAAGACCCCUCAACAGUACUGACAAAGGAAGCUGGGGAGAACCAGCACCCUUGGGGCAGGAGUCUGGUUGAAGAGCCUGUCUAUCGUCGUCUGAGGUGUCCAAGUCAGCCAGACAAACCCACAAGCCCAGUGUCUCCUGUAUCAAGACCCUCACUAUAUACCAGCUCUCAUCUGCUACAGACAAGUAGAUCUUCAGCGCCCGAUUCUGAGAGUUCGGAGACUGCCACAAACACUGUAACUGCAAAGGAAAUGGACAAGAAUGAGAGUGAAGAAGCAGAUGUGGAUGAUCAGUCCUCUAAUCGGCUGUCCAUCCGAGAGAGGAGGAGGCCCAGGGAACGUCGAAGAGGCACAGGCAUCAACUUCUGGACAAAGGAUGACGAUGAAGCUGGUGACUCUGAGGAGGUUAAAAAAAUAUGGCAUGAAAGACUUUCUAGGUUGGAAUCAGGAGGUAGUAUCCCUGCAACCAGCGAUUCUUACAGUGACCGGCCCUCAGCAAGGGCCCGGCGGGAGGCCCGGGAGGCUCGUCUAGCCAGCCUGACCAGCCGUGUGGAAGAAGACAGCAACAAGGAUUAUAAAAAACUGUAUGAAAGUGCCCUGACUGAAAACCAAAAGUUGAAAUCAAAGCUUCAGGAGGCCCAGCUAGAGCUAGCAGAUGUAAAAUCCAAGCUUGAAAAGAUGGCCCAGCAAAAACAGGAGAAGACCUCUGAUCGCUCAUCAGUGCUGGAGAUAGAGAAACGGGAGAGGCGAGCCUUGGAACGGAAAAUGUCGGAAAUGGAGGAAGAGAUGAAGGUGUUAACAGAACUGAAAUCCGACAACCAGAGGCUGAAAGAUGAAAACGGUGCCCUCAUCAGAGUCAUCAGCAAACUGUCCAAAUAGGUUCCACAUUAGGAGCGGGGGACAGCAUUUGCUGCCCCACUCUUCUAGCCAUUGCCUUCCAGCCAAGAGAAGUGAAUGUUUUGGCGGAAGGACACUUCCUCCUGACCCUCUUCAGUCACCUCCUCUGCACUGUACAUUAUCUCUGCGCUCUGAAUGCCUGGCUCCUCCCAUACCCCGUCCUGAGUUUUAUGAGUUUUAAUUGAAGUGUGACUGUGAUCAUGCAGGCCAUCUGGAGAAGGCCUUGUGGAGCACCCCGAGCUCAGCCAUGGACCCCAGCUUUUCUGCUCUGCUGCUUUGUCCGUAUUGGAUUCAGUUCAAACCAUAAGGCUUCUGCCUUUUCACUGCCCCUGCGUCCUCUGAUCCAGGUGAGUCUUGUGCUGGUGACUCCAGGAUCCUGUCUGGGAUGUGAAGAGAAAUGACGGGACAGGGAAUUAAGCAUCCAACGCUCUGGAGCUGCGUUUCUUUGGAGUCCAAGUGACCGUGACUCUGCUUCACCUCUCAGGAACUGACUCGUUUUUAUCUUUGCUUCCUUCAUGCCUCACCCUUUCUCUGGGGCUCACGCGGUCCUGGCCUCACUCCUUUCCCUUCCUUUCUGUCCUUCUGUUCUCCCACCCCACCUCCUCACCUGAUUGUGUAAGAGCUGGAAGAGAGCACCUGACCUCAUCCUCAGCCAUCAUGGAAAAUCUGGGGACUAGAAAAGCAUCACUCUGGUGCCGUGGUGGCAGCACCAUGAGCCCUGUCCCUGUAAGGUAGCCCAUGGCAUAAGUGCCAGCCCACCAUUGGCAUCUUCCACUUGUCUUCUCCCUGCAGUGAUUUUCCGUAUGAGAAAAUCGGGGCUGGGAAUACCCCAUUCUGCCUUGCUGCCUUGCUUCCUCCCUCUCUCAUCUGGUGCCUGCUCCUACUGAGAAGUGAAGUCAUUGCAAGGAGGUCUGAGGGGCAGGGAGGGCAGCUUGUUGGGAGCCGGGCUGGAGGGUGGAAGCAGGGGGAGACACAGAUGGUGAAAGAGUAUUGAGGGUGCUUCCGGGGUUAGGACAAAGAAGACUGUCCGCUCGUUAUGCUCCUGAGAAUGGUGGUGAGCUCGAGUACCUCUGGGGGGUUAGGUUUAGGGGGGAGACAUUUGCUUUCUUAGAAACUAACAGGAAGAAAUGACAGCUUGAAAAGGUUUAAAGGGAUGAGGUACUUCCAACCCAUGAUGAGAGUCAUGGAAUUUUAUUUAGAGUGGCAAGGCUCAGCAGUCGCUCGACCCAGUUUUCCAGUUGUGUCGCAGCUUUGACCAUUUUCAGGUGGCCUCUGAUGGCUGUGCAUUGAUUACUCAGAGGUGAGGCAGCUUAACGAUCAGAGUUUCUCCUGAGGGGAGCUAAACUUGACCGGUGAGUUCUCCACAUAGGCCACAUCUACCCUUUGUAGCUUUAACGUGACAGCCCUCCCAGUACUUGGGGUUGGUGCUCUCCCUUCAUCUCACUUGGAGCUCACGUCUUCUGCAGUUCACACGGUGAGCUUUCCAUGGGAUCACACAGUCACAUACUGGCCGCCCUGCUCUAAACACAAACAGCCUUUAAAUACCAUGCCUGGCCUUGACAGAGGUCUUCGUGACAGUGCACAAUUAAACCACUAGUUUUCGUGAUGACCCAAUAUUAAUGUGAAAUUUUUUUGGUAGGACUGGUAUCCCAUGGUUCAUUUUGAAGGUGCGGGUCAUGUAAAGCCCUGUCAUUUUAGGGUAAGUAGUGACAGUGAAGAGAAUGGUUCAUUCCCAUAACGUAUCCAACCUCUGUUAGUUUAUUUCCUGGAAACAGCAGUGUUGUUCACCAUAACUCUCUGAACCAUCCAGUGCUUUUUUUUUUUUUUUUUUUUUUUUU